AUGACCGACAAACCAGAGUGGGAAGUCUAUUUCGACACAGAGUUGGGACCUGGCUCCGAUCCCGGAGAUGACUACGUAUCUGCAGUGGCUAAGCACGCAGCAGUCGGGUCAUUGUUGCGGGCCCCUGAAGAUGAAGACGACGCCCUCGUCGCGAAAAGAGCCGCGGAGCAGUUUCGCGCCUUCUACACGCAAUACUACCACGACGAAGACCGUGGCUAUCAUCGGGCGCCGGACAAUGAAGUUUAUGGCCUGACUAACGACCUUACCCACUUAGCAUUGUCGCUGGUUCCCAUCAUCCCCUUCGCAGACUACAAGCACCGUCGGCUAUCCAUGUUCGUCAUUGAUUUGAAAACCUUAGCUCCGCAAGAGUUUGACCCCAAGGACCCUCAGCUUCUGUUCAAUGCCACGGCAGUCGGGGACGUCGUCUACCCGUUUUGGAAGAGGAACUACCUCAGCGAUCCGAGGCCGCGCAAGGAAUACGACGAAUGGAUCAGCGUGUCCGUGUUUAUGGCCCGGCUAUUCGACGCGGGUAUUCUAGGGAAGCAGGAGAUGAAUUGGAUGAUUCUCGACAUUGCAGAAGGGCUCGAAACGAAUGGCGAACGCACGUGGGACGGUCUUAUCAGAGCGUGCAAGCAGGUUGUUGCUACGCAGUAUAUCCUCAUUGCCGGUCAUUUCCUUGCCUCCUUGGCAAGGUCCUCGACGAAGAUGGGUGGUUAUUCGUUGGAUGCCGACAAGUGGAAGAGGUGGGCGGCCAAGCUUAAAGAGUUGGCAACUUCGGCGUCGGAUGAAUGGGGAUUGAGAGAGGCGGCUGCUGCUGCCCACGAGAAGAUGAUUCACCUGUAUCCUGAGGCGUUUGUCACGUCGUAGUAGCAUGACGCAUGGCCUUUCAUAGGGGUGCAUUCCCAGGACAUCGAAAGGACGAAGGAGGAUUGCCAAACUAAUCCCAUCCCUGUGACACAACCUGGAUGUAGAUUGAUCGAAUCACCCCGAAUUAGAGGCUGUAAUGUAGUUAUCCUU